UCAGCAGCGCUGCCCCCACUAGAUCCUUCCAGCCGGCCCCCUGAGUGCAGUUCUACAGGGGAGGGAGCGCUGACUCCUCAGCCAUUUUCUCUCCCUCGUGGAACCCACCACCGACCCCACUGAGAAUUGGAUGUCACGUGACACGUCGACCUGUUAUCCCGAUGACAAAAAAAGGCAGCAUCUCACUUCCGGUCAGGCGGCAAUUCCCUCUCCUCGUCUUUCCAGUGAGCGCCCGGAUGCUGUCUCCAUGGUGACGGGCGGAAGUCAGCUGUCUGGGUAGCUAAAGAUGGCGGCUGAGGCGGAGUACGAGUCGGUGCUGUGUGUAAAGCCUGAUAUCAGCGUGUACCGGAUCCCUCCGCGGGCAUCGAACCGAGGAUACAGGGCCUCUGACUGGAAACUGGAGCAGCCGGAUUGGACAGGGAGAAUGAGACUCACCUCCAAAGGGAAUGUCGCUUUCAUCAAGUUGGAGGACAAAGUGUCAGGAGAGCUCUUCGCUCAGGCGCCGGUCGAUCAGUUUCCUGGCCUUGCAGUGGAGACAGUGACAGAUUCCAGCCGAUACUUUGUUAUCAGGAUUCAAGAUGGAAACGGAAGAAACGCUUUCAUUGGCAUCGGUUUUUCUGAUCGGGGCGAUGCCUUUGACUUCAAUGUAACUUUGCAGGAUCACUUUAAAUGGGUCAAGCAGGAAUCAGACUUAUCUAAGGAACCUGUAGGACAGGACAAUCAACCCAAACUCGAUUUGGGAUUCAAAGAAGGUCAAACAAUCAAGCUUAAUAUUGGGAAUAUUAAAAAGAAGGAUGGCUGUAAUAAGCCGAGAGCAGGCGCUGGAACUGGCAGUUUUACCCUGCUGCCUCCACCUCCUGGGGGUAAAAUUUCUGCCCCACCAGUAUCUGUGUCCAGUUCAGUCCCAGUUGCGAAUCAUGUGACCCCCCCACCACUGCAGCCCCCCGAUUCUACAAGCCCAGACAUCCUACUAGACUUGGACUUGGACACCCCAGUGGCAGCAGCUAAAGCCGCCGGUACCUCGUCAGAACUUUGGGGAGAUUUCAGUACCGCAGGCAGUGCGUCCUCUCAGGCUCCGCAGGCCACUAGUUGGGUUCAGUUCUAACGGCUGACGUGAGACUCUUGUCUCCUCUGGAGAAGAAAAGGGCCCCUCGGCGCUGACAGGGGCCCCAGCACGACUAGAACACGUAUCAUUGUGAUGCUUUCAUUACCAGGCCGGGUGGGAUUCAGAGCUGGUAAUGUGUUGUACAAACAGAUUGGUAACGGGUCCUUCUGAUAGGUCAGAACUGCAUUUUUAUUCCCUUUAAUGUGUCUCUUUCCCUUUAUUAUGAAGUCUCGCUGCAACUGCCACUUUGCCUCUUAUAGGCAUAACUAGGGAAAGGGCUGUCCAUUCUGUCUGUGAUCCAUGUGACCCCCUCAUAGGCUGGAUAGAGCCACCAAUCAGCAUCAUCCCUCAGCCUGUGGCUUUACAUUCCACUAAACCCCACCCUCCCCCACGCAUGUCCCCUUGCUUAUGAAGGACAGAAUGUGUGUAUUAUACGUGUGGCAGUUGCUCCGCACUAUAUGGGGGGGGGUUGUUUAUGCUGCUCCUGUCAUCACUACGGAAAGACGGUGCUGCUCAUGUGCAAUUGGUUGUUAUUUUCAGUAGCCAUAUUUGUGGGGUGGGAGAGAGGGAGAACCCAUGAGCUUCGAUCUGUGUCUGUAUUUUUUGUUGUGUUACCAUGAAAAUGUAUUUAUUAUGUUGUGAACCCACUCCAACAAAUGUGUAUGUGUAUAUAGAUAUAUAUAACAAUAAAGUAACUGAACCAUGA